GGACAACUACGAUGCGUCUCUUUUGCCAACAACUUCUGGCACUUUCAUCAAAAAGGAGAUCAUGUCUAGCAGUAUUGGCACUGACCGUGUAGUGGAAAAUUAUCGAGGAUGAACAAAAUCUAAGUCACCCUUUCGCACGAAAGAACCGCAGUCGUGGUAGUGAUUCCUGCAACAGUACUGCACUUUUUUUUUUACUGGGUAGAAAUUACUUCUUUUCUACUUCUCGUGUUUUAUCUUCUUUUCUUUACCCGGUGAGAGCCUAGUAGUACGCAAGUGAAGAUCAUGGACAUUAUCAUUAUACAUAAGUGAUCGACAGUAUUUUUGGAAAUCGCAUCAAAAUCAAAGAGCAGUACGAGGGCGCGCCAAGCACGCACGUACGAAAGAAGCGGCAUUUCGAUUUUCAUUGAAGAAAAAGAAAUAAUCACUGUCAGUUGAAAAACGAGAACGGUUGUAAUUCUAAUUUUGGCGUAGCUUCUGCAGCGCCAACAUUUCAAAUUUAUCGAAUGAUAAACUAAAACAGACACAGAUUCCCAGUAUGAAUUGAAAACUCUACUUUCGGAAUUUCAGGAUGAGCAUAGAGUAAAAGUAAUGGCGGGAGCGUAAAGAUUCACUGCGGUUAAAGAAUUCAAUAUACAAAAAAAGCACGUACGUGCCUUAUCUAUCAGUCGAAGUAGUUUUGAAGGAAGAACCAAGUAGUUUUGAAAGAAGAAGUAGUUUUGAAGGAAGGAAGUACUUUGACAGCAAUUAUCUCCAAGAACAGCUGCAGUUGCACUUUAUUAUUAAGAUUCCUACAACUCAAAAUGCGCGAGCGCGCUAAGAAAGAUAGAAUCCGUCGUUGUUCAAAAACAGAAAACGCAAUACAAAUUACUACUAGUUACAGAAAGUGCUUACCUCCGAAAGUGCUUACCCCUCUACUACGCCUCGGUGUAGCAGAAGCAAGUUGCGACUUCAGAUUUUUGUAUUUGAACGCAACAAAACCUAAGAUCAUCCCAAAAACUACGCUUUAGACCACACAAAGAAGCAAGCAAGUUAGACGAUCGGAACCCGAACACAAAAACUAAAAAAUCUACUACUACGACGGUCGAGCUGAUGAAGCGUUGUUUCGCGCCAAAAACGAAAUGCGUAACUUUGUCUUGCUACAGGUGACAGGAGGAAUAAGCAGCAGUCAUUACAAGACUACAAGGAUUGCAUCUCUAACGAAUGAAAGUGGCUCGCAUGCAUGUUCUCCGUCGUAUGAGUAUCGUUAUGUGCGUAUCUUGUCUUCGUUUGUUUUUGUGAGUACAAAGUGUCUCCGGAAUCCAAUUCCACUACCAAGAUGAACAAUUAGCUUUUUUGAAAGUCGACAAAGUUGGAAUGAUUUCUCAUGCAGAAAUUCCAAGGCAUGAAGUGCCUCUCUUUCAGGGAUGGAAAGUGAGGCCGACUGUCGGCCCGUUUGGGAUCUGCGAUAGAGCUGCUAAAGUAGCAUGACAAAAGACGCCUCCUUUCCCUAAACAGCGCGACAAACUGGAUGUAGGCGAUGCGGAAAUUUGUCAUGCACCGCUUGGAAAUUGGGCUUCCAACUGGUAUCGAUUUUAUGCAUCGCAGAUUAUUUCAACUUUGACGAUUUCGGUCCUGACACUUCCAUAUGAAAAACGAGAACGGUAGACAUAGAAGAUUUAUGGAAAAGAACAGAAAUGUGAGGGCGCACGGAGAAGGGCAACAAGUGCUAGUUUUUAUUUCCAUCAAAAAAAUAAAAUUAUCAUGCUUUCGUUUGCAACGCCAACAGUAUUAUUUAUUCAAAUUUAUUUUUUAUAAUUUGACUCAUGCUUAUUUUGAUGAAGUUGAAAACGCGCACUCAAAUAGGACCUAAGAGUUAGAGUGAGGCUACUAAGGCGAGCAUUAUUACUAUUCGCCCUCGAAAAAGAAGAAGAACCGUUGGCACUGUAGUAUGUGUAUGGGAGUCGUGCGAGGAAGUUGUAGGUAGUAGUACAACUUCUAUGCCUGCUACAGAAUAGAAGUUGAAGGAUUUAUUUCCCUGAUAUAAUCGGGGCGUCCACGACCGAGAUGAGCAGUUUAGUUUUUUGGCAGGAGCAACACCAUAUUAGUCAUGGAAUCAGUAGCACCAUGGUCGUGGCAGUACUUGUUCUCAAGAGGCGGAAGUGUUCGCAGCAGGAGUAUUCUUAUUCAUCUUCGACCGGUGUCAUUUAUUUGGUGCGUGCAACUACUGCCCUCCACGUACAAGAAGGCGCACUAGUUUCAUUGUUGGGGGCUAAUACCACGACGUCGGCGCCUAGGUCUACAGUGUGUUGCUACUGGAAAUAAAGCAGAGUUUAUUCCUCCUCCUCCUCCUACUGGAAAUAAAGCACGCUGUAGUAGAUCAUGUCGUUGUCGAUGUGCUACGAGUACGACGUCGCACUAGAAGAUCAAAUCGGUAGUGGCUGGAGCCGUCUUUGCAAUAAAAAUGUGUACUGUGCUGUAAGGGAUCCUGGGAAUCGGUUGAAAAUCAAAGGUUAUGCGCAGGCGUAGUUCAGGCGCAGGAUUUAUACCAAGAUCAAAAUCACAAGUGUUGUGUUGAAAAGAUCAUGAUCACAGUAGACCUCUUCUUUACACGACAUCACCAUCAGCAGUACGAGGGCGCACCAAGCACGCACGUACAGCUGAAAAACGAGCAUGGUAGAGGACAUUGAAGAUUUAUGGAAAAGAACAGCAAUGUGAAGGCGUUGUACGGGGAAGCAGAAGGGCAACAAGUGCUAGUUUUUUUCAUCAUGAAGAAGGCCGUCUUGUUGCAUUUGUAUUACAGCACUAUCCCAGCUCUGUGGUGAUAAUUAUCUGGUAAGAACCCAAAGAAUUACAAUAAAUUCGAUGCUCUACUCCGUCGUAGCAGAUGUUGUGUGGAAAAGGAUCUUGCGCUGGCACAGGUCGUCGCAUAAGCCGACCUUGAAGCUGAUAAUGGUGAUUAUAGAAGACGUUGGGUCUUUAUCAGCAACAGCAUGGUGAUGAAAUAAUUCGAGAGGAGGAGUGUGGUGGAUAUUCUUGUUCAUCGCAAACAAAUCCAGGUAUGGUAAUAUUCACAAAAAUAGACCAUCACACUGUACUCACGCAAAGUAUAGCUCAUGUCGAGGUGCUACUAAACUAAAACGCGUUCUUGUAUGUUUAGAACGCGAAGAUCAUGUGGCUGGGGUCGAUGCGCCGUGACGCACGAGAAUAUAAUCUUCAAAUCGGUAGUCGCUCUCGCUGGUGGAGGUGCACUUCCUGCAAUACAAAUGUGUAGUACUCUGUGCUGUAAGGAAAAGGGCAACUCGGUUGAGAAUCAAAGUUCAUGCACAGGCACUGUGCAGGUUCAGAAUGAAACAGGAUCAAAAUCCGAAAUGCUUCGUUGAAAAGAUCAUCUUCACAAACCUGCUCUAUACACCCACGUCGGUUCUUUGAAAAAUUCAGAUUGUGGUGUCACCCGUCGCUCCUGUCUUGUCAGAAAAGAUCAAUGGACCACAACAAGGACGCUCAGAUCAUAGAUCAAUCUAUCAGAAGCUCGUGACGCGACCUCCAAUUACAGGCACUUGUAAAACAUCUAGUCUACUAUAGACGAACUCACGCAUACCUUUACGCUCCUCCAAAGUAGCACAAAACCUCUCGUCCCAACAACUAGCACAAAACUUAUCAGUAUCGGCCUGCUCCUGUAAGUAGUAGCACAAUCAACUACUCACCGCAUCAAAAGCUGUCUGCAAGACGUUGUAAGAAGUUUUCUGCAUAUAUUUUACGCCUUUUUGGCUCGUCGUUGUCGUCCUCCCACCGAUAGCAAAAAGCAAAAUGUUGCGCUCCAUGGUCUUCCCCACCUCGCGCGGAGGUGCAGUGUUUAUUUCUCUUUGCGCUGUUCUUUUCGCCGGGCAGCAUUACAACUCCGUCCAGGCUGUCACGUUGCGUGCGUCAUCUGCCUCGCCAUCUGCAGAUCCUGACCUCGCCUACAUGCCCCCUGAGAUGAUGGAACAAUACAGGCAAUACCAAUACCAAGAAAACCAAAAGAUAUCAACGGCAAAUGUGCGUGGUUCUGGAAUAAGAAGAAUGCAGAAGACAUUUGUGACGCGCCAGUUUUUCCGUCGUGACACAGGCCUAUUAGUAUCACAGGUUUAUAAUAACAUGAGUCGAUGUGACUAGAGUCCAAAUGUCUAAUCCGCAUGAAAAAUUGCGCCCUCUUGCGGUGACAUUAAGUAGGCGCGUUUAAAUUUUGACGCUGGCCAUGCAUGACAGAUUUUGACAUGAUGGAAAAUUCGUAUACACAAAAAUAGCAUCUUCAUUCCAGACCGAGGCUACAUAUUUGCGACGCAUAACCGUGGCAGCCCGUAACACAUUCUGACCUUGAUAAGUAUCAUGCGUAAACAAAACGUCCCCACGUCGGCUGCACAGUGAAGAUGGAAAUUCCGAUGCACAAAGCAACAAGCCUUGGCUCAUGAGUACAGUUUUAAGCUGAUGGGACGAGGACCAUUUGCAUCGUGUGUAGCUGCUAGUGAUCAAGCCGCAUCACAAAAGAUGAUCGAUCACCCUGGUCUGAUUCUAGCAUGACAAACUUGACGUAUCAGACAGCAUGGGAAAAAAAAAUGCUCCUCAUGGGGCAGGGGCUGCGCAGUGAGACAUUUUAGGCAUGCAGAUUUGUCGAAGACAACAAAGCUGCAGUGGGGACGUUUUUACGCAGGAUAAGGAGACCUAUUUGGUCCACCACCACCCCGAUCCGGCGCUCCGGGCGCUCCGGCGCCAAUUCCCCGGCAACAAGAUCGUGAAAAAGGAAGUGGACGAGGGCACCCUUAUAAGUGCAACCCCAAUCGAACCUACAGAGGAGUCUGCCCUAGUGAAGAAGGAGCUGGAACAACUCCGUGACGACAUCGCCAAAGCAUCGCGAUCAUUGCCAAAGCCGGAAGAGCUACGUGAUACAAGCAAAGUGGACAAGGAGCUAGAAGAACUCCGUCAACGCCUUCCCAAAGAAUCGGCGGAGCUGGAAAAACUAAGUGCUGCGUAUCAACUGCAAACAUUUCGGGUCUGGGACGAGAAUGCGAGAUUUCGAUUUGUCAUGCUAGUCUGGCAUGACUCUGAGCUCUGUGUUGCAUUCCCGCGAAGAGCUCCUCCUCCCUGUCAUGCAAAAACGCACUUUGUCAUGCGGAAUAAGAAUAUUACGCAACUCAGAACCAUGAAAAAAACUUCAACUUGUCAUGCUUGGCAGCGCAUCAUAGUGAAAGAAUUCACUACUCCCUUUCUUGCAUUACAAGUUAGUUUAAUAUUCCAGACCCAGACAUAUUUACAAUGCAUACUGAGGCGAAACAAUCACAAAAGAUUCACGCACGUACUGAAAUGAUGCCAUAUGAAUCCGUUCGGGCGGAUUGGAAGAAGGCACAAGAACAGCAAGAACUCGUGAAAAAACUCGAGACGCAGGAGGCCGAAUUGGCGAAAAAAUUGAGGCAGCUGCAAGAUUACAAUUCGAACGUGUUGAGGCAGCGGCAAGAUUACGCAGUGCAAAAGCAUCGUAUAAAUUCGAGACAGAGACUCGUACUAGACCACUACAAGAACAUUGGUCACGCAGUAUAGUUUUUUAGACAAAAAAUGAAAUUUGUUAUGCUGUUGCUGUGCUAUUUUUUCGCAAUAUUAAAAAAACAGCAGAUGAUGAUCAUGAUGAUGAUCUUCAUGUACUGAUGUGUCUGUCAUGCUGCAAAUACUGCGAUUGUUGCGACGAGCCUUACUUGUAUACGGUACUUUUGCACAGGAUGAAAAGAGGGAAGCGGCGGAACAAGACCGGAAAUAUAACCUGAAAGAACUGGAGAGCCAGCAGGCCAAAUUGACGAUACAGUUGAAGCAGCUGCGACAUUACGCACUGGCACCGCAAAAGCAUCGUAUAAGUCCGAUACUUCUCGUAGAAGACCACUACAACAUAAUUGGUCGCGCAGUACAAUUUUUUGGACAAAAAAUGGAAUUUGUCAUGCUGACGCUGUGCCAUUUUUAUAUCGCAAUAAAACUACAGCAGAUGAUCUUCAUCGUCAUAUGCUGUAUCUACUGUCAUGCUACAAAAAUUACUGUGAUCAUUGAUUGUUGCGACGAGUGUUACUUGUGCGGUGCUUUUGCACAGGAUGAAAAGAGGGAAGCGGCGGACGAAGGGGAAUUGCCUGAGAAGGAUCUCGCCCUGCGGCAGGAGGAGGAAUGGCAAUUGCUUGACGAGGAACAGUAUGAAUUGCAAAUAUGUCUGGGUCUCCUGGAAGAUUGCAACUUGUCAUGCUUUUAAAUCUGAACCAUGCAAGGUUCCGUGUUGCAUGAGUGCCAUCAAAUGCUGUCCGCUUUCGAGUCUGGAGGGAGGGACUUUCUCAUGCAGGAUAGGCAUGUUGACAGUGACCUCACAGAGUCUGAUGUCAUGCUGUGUCCCGCAUUUUUCCAGACCUCAUGGGCGGUCAUGGAAAACCUCCUGCAUGACAAGUCUACACUCCUCCAGACCCAGACAUUUUUACAUUUGAUAAACAGGAUUCCGCCAUGCGGGAACUUUUCCAGCAGGCUCGCGGCAAGUCAUCUUCAAAAGCACGGCGGGAGGGCAAGAAGAGAAGUACUAAAUAGAAGAACUCAGUAGUCGGUGCUGCCAACUACGAUGCGUCUCUUUCGCCAAAAACUUGUUCUGGCACUUUCAUCAAAAAGGAGAUCAUGUCUAGCAGUAUUUUUGGCACUGACCGCGUAGUGGAAAAUUAUCGAGGAUGAACAAAAUCUAAGUCACCCUUUCGCAUAAAACCGCAGUCGUGGUAGUGAUUCCUGCAACAGUACUGCACUUUUUUUUUUACUGGGUAGAAAUUACUUCUUUUCUACUUCUCGCAUUUUAUGUUCUUUUCUUUACCCGGUGAGAGCCUAGUAGUACGCAAGUGAAGAUCAUGGACAUUAUCAUUAUANAUUACUUCUUUUCUACUUCUCGCAUUUUAUGUUCUUUUCUUUACCCGGUGAGAGCCUAGUAGUACGCAAGUGAAGAUCAUGGACAUUAUCAUUAUAUUUAUAAGUUUUGAUCGACAGUAUUUAUAUUUUUGGAAAUCGCAUCAAAAUCAGACAGCAGUACGAGGGCGCACUAAGCACGCACGUACGUUUUGCGAGAACUACGCCAACAUUACAGCCGUGCGUUUUGAAUUCAGUUUUUUUUUGGCAUUAUUUUCAAAAGAGACCCUGACGCUGUGAGACCCAAACCAGCGAAACACGACGGCAGCGUGGUUUUUUUGUGUUUCGAAUGACGGGAAAAAAAUAAGCAUACCGUCGUGAUUUCGAUUUGUGUGUUUUUUUGGGGGAUCCGCCCGUUCCCCGGGGAUCCGCCCGCUGCCCGGGGAUCCGCCUUCGCCCAGGGGAUCCGCCCGCUCCCCGGGGGUCCGCCUUCGCCCAGGGGAUCCGCCCGCUUCCCGGGGAUCCGCCUUCCCCCAGGGGAUCCGCCCGCUCCCCGGGGAUCCGCCCGCUCCCCCCGGGGACCCGCCCGUUCCCCGGGGAUCCGCCUUCGCCCAGGGGAUCCGCCGGCCCGCUACUCGGGGAUCCGCCUUCGCCCAGGAGCCCGCCCAUUCCCCGGGGAUCCGGGUUCGCGCAGGGGAUCCGCCCGCUCCCCGGGGAGUCGCCUUCGCGCAGGGAAUCCCUCCGCCCAUUCCCCGGGGAUCCGCCCGCUCCCCGGGGAUCCGCCUUCCCCCAGGGGAUCCGCCCGCUCCCCGAGGAUCCGCCUUCGCCCAGGGGAUCCGCCCGUUACUCGGGGAUCCGCCCGGCUCCCCGGGGAUCCGCCCGUUCCCCGGGGAUCCGCCCGCGCCCCGAGGAUCCGCCCGCUUCCCGGGGAUCCGCCUUCGCCCGGGGGAUCCGCCUUCGCCAAGGGGAUCCGCCCGUUACUCGGGGAUCCGCCCGUUCCCCGGGGGUCCGCCCGCUUCCCGGGGAUCCGCCCGCGCCCCGAGGAUCCGCCCGCUUCCCGGGGAUCCGCCUUCGCCCGGGGGAUCCACCCUCGCCCCCGGGGGGUCCGCCCUCGCUUCGGGGGGUCCGCCCUUUCCCCGGGGAAAUCCUCCCGGCUGGGGUAGUGCGUACCACGGGAGAACGGGCUCCGGAGGAAUCCUCUCCGGAAUCCCCUCCCGAAAUCGACGCUGUGCCGCCGGGGAAAGACCGCGAAGGACGGCGCCAAUCCGGUCAGAGGAUUCCGGAGAGGAUUUCGGAAUCCUCUCCGGAAUCCUCUGUGGAAUCCUCCUCCGAAAUCGAGGUCGUGCCGUCGGGGAAAGGGCGCCAAAGACGGCUCAACUUGGGCCAGAGGAUUCCGGAGAGGAUUUGGGAAUCCUCUCCGGAAUCCUCUGCGGAAUCCUCCCCCGAAAUCGAGGCCGUGCCGUCGGGGAAAGGGCGCCCAAGACGGCUCAACUUGGGCCAGAGGAUUCCGGAGAGGAAAGGGCGCGAAACACGGCUCAACUUGGGCCAGAGGAUUCCGGAGAGGAUUUUGGAAUCCUCUCCGGAAUCCUCUGUGGAAUCCUCCCCCGAAAUCGAGGCCGUGCCGUCGGGGAAAGGGCGCCAAAGACGGCUCAACUUGGGCCAGAGGAUUCCGGAGAGGAAAGGGCGCGAAACACGGCUCAACUUGGGCCAGAGGAUUCCGGAGAGGAUUUUGGAAUCCUCUCCGGAAUCCUCUGUGGAAUCCUCCCCCGAAAUCGAGGCCGUGCCGUCGGGAAAAGGGCGCGUCGCGAAAGACGGCUCAACUUGGGCCAGAGGAUUCCGGAGAGGAUUUUGGAAUCCUCUCCGGAAUCCUCUGUGGAAUCCUCCCCCGAAAUCGAGGCCGUGCCGUCGGGGAAAGGGCGCCAAAGACGGCUCAACUUGGGCCAGAGGAUUCCGGAGAGGAAAGGGCGCGAAACACGGCUCAACUUGGGCCAGAGGAUUCCGGAGAGGAUUUUGGAAUCCUCUCCGGAAUCCUCUGUGGAAUCCUCCCCCGAAAUCGAGGCCGUGCCGUCGGGGAAAGGGCGCCAAAGACGGCUCAACUUGGGCCAGAGGAUUCCGGAGAGGAAAGGGCGCGAAACACGGCUCAACUUGGGCCAGAGGAUUCCGGAGAGGAUUUUGGAAUCCUCUCCGGAAUCCUCUGUGGAAUCCUCCCCCGAAAUCGAGGUCGUGCCGUCGGGAAAAGGGCGCGUCGCAAAAGACGGCUCAACUUGGGCCAGAGGAUUCCGGAGAGGAUUUGGGAAUCCUCUCCGGAAUCCUCUGCGGAAUCCUCCCCCGAAAUCGAGGCCGUGCCGUCGGGGAAAGGGCGCCAAAGACGGCUCAACUUGGGCCAGAGGAUUCCGGAGAGGAAAGGGCGCGAAACACGGCUCAACUUGGGCCAGAGGAUUCCGGAGAGGAUUUUGGAAUCCUCUCCGGAAUCCUCUGUGGAAUCCUCCCCCGAAAUCGAGGUCGUGCCGUCGGGAAAAGGGCGCGUCGCAAAAGACGGCUCAACUUGGGCCAGAGGAUUCCGGAGAGGAUUUGGGAAUCCUCUCCGGAAUCCUCUGCGGAAUCCUCCCCCGAAAUCGAGGCCGUGCCGUCGGGGAAAGGGCGCCAAAGACGGCUCAACUUGGGCCAGAGGAUUCCGGAGAGGAAAGGGCGCGAAACACGGCUCAACUUGGGCCAGAGGAUUCCGGAGAGGAUUUUGGAAUCCUCUCCGGAAUCCUCUGUGGAAUCCUCCCCCGAAAUCGAGGUCGUGCCGUCGGGAAAAGGGCGCGUCGCAAAAGACGGCUCAACUUGGGCCAGAGGAUUCCGGAGAGGAUUUGGGAAUCCUCUCCGGAAUCCUCUGCGGAAUCCUCCCCCGAAAUCGAGGCCGUGCCGUCGGGGAAAGGGCGCCAAAGACGGCUCAACUUGGGCCAGAGGAUUCCGGAGAGGAAAGGGCGCGAAACACGGCUCAACUUGGGCCAGAGGAUUCCGGAGAGGAUUUUGGAAUCCUCUCCGGAAUCCUCUGUGGAAUCCUCCCCCGAAAUCGAGGUCGUGCCGUCGGGAAAAGGGCGCGUCGCAAAAGACGGCUCAACUUGGGCCAGAGGAUUCCGGAGAGGAUUUGGGAAUCCUCUCCGGAAUCCUCUGCGGAAUCCUCCCCCGAAAUCGAGGCCGUGCCGUCGGGGAAAGGGCGCCAAAGACGGCUCAACUUGGGCCAGAGGAUUCCGGAGAGGAAAGGGCGCGAAACACGGCUCAACUUGGGCCAGAGGAUUCCGGAGAGGAUUUUGGAAUCCUCUCCGGAAUCCUCUGUGGAAUCCUCCCCCGAAAUCGAGGUCGUGCCGUCGGGAAAAGGGCGCGUCGCAAAAGACGGCUCAACUUGGGCCAGAGGAUUCCGGAGAGGAUUUGGGAAUCCUCUCCGGAAUCCUCUGCGGAAUCCUCCCCCGAAAUCGAGGCCGUGCCGUCGGGGAAAGGGCGCCAAAGACGGCUCAACUUGGGCCAGAGGAUUCCGGAGAGGAAAGGGCGCGAAACACGGCUCAACUUGGGCCAGAGGAUUCCGGAGAGGAUUUUGGAAUCCUCUCCGGAAUCCUCUGUGGAAUCCUCCCCCGAAAUCGAGGUCGUGCCGUCGGGAAAAGGGCGCGUCGCAAAAGACGGCUCAACUUGGGCCAGAGGAUUCCGGAGAGGAUUUUGGAAUCACUCUCCGGAAUCCUCGGUGGAAUCCUCCCCCGAAAUCGAGGGAGUGCCGUCGGGGAAAGGGCGCCAAAGACGGGCCAACUUGGGCCAGGGGAUUCCGGAGAGGAUUUUGGAAUCCUCUCCGGAAUCCUCUGUGGAAUCCUCCCCCGAAAUCGAGGCAGUGCCGUCGGGGAAAGGGCGCGAAACACGGCUCAACUUGGGCCAGAGGAUUCCGGAGAGGAUUUUGGAAUCCUCGCCGGCAUCCUCUGUGGAAUCCUCAUCCGAAAUCGAGGGCGUGCCGUCGGGAAAAGGGCGCGAAAGACGGCUCAACUUGGGCCAGAGGAUUCCGGAGGGGCUUCCGGAAUCCCCUCCGGAAUCCUCCGUGGAAAAUGUGCGCCGGUUUGCCGGGGCCGCCAGGUUGCUCGCAAUCCGCAGCAGACUGUGGCGAUUUAAGCACACGAGACGCCAACACAGACGCGGCGCGGUUGUGUACACAAACAGCAGCGGAGUCCAUGCGCGCGCCGCCUUUUCGGUUGCAUUGCGACACAUUUUAGCACGACCUAAGCCGAAGGUUUUCCGGGAAACCUUAAACGACGUUUCCCGAGCGGAGUCCAUUGAUUUCUGGGUCUCGCAGCGUCAUACUCUCUUUCAAAAAUUGGGGACAGCCGGGGCAUUUUGAAUUCAAUUUUUUUUUGGCAUUAUUUUUGA